CCCCUUCCCCCUUCCCUCUCCCUCCUCAGACCUAGACGCUCCCACAUCGUCUUGAAUUCUUUACUGCAUUUGCCCUUCUCCAAGCAAAUCUCUCCCCCCAGCCUCACCUCACACCCCAGUUAGACCCGCAAUCCCCCAAAAUGGCUCCCAAAGUCGCCAUCGUUUUUUACUCCAUGUAUGGACACAUCCAGAAGCUUGCCGAAGCUGAGAAGGAAGGUCUCAAGAAGGCCGGCAUCGAGGCCGAUCUCUAUCAGGUCGCCGAGACUCUCCCUCAAGAAGUCCUGACCAAGAUGUACGCUCCUCCCAAGUCCGCCGAUAUCCCAAUCAUCGAUGCCAAGACCCUCGAGAGCUACGAUGCGUUCCUCAUUGGCAUUCCCACCCGUUAUGGUAACUUCCCAGCUCAAUGGAAGGCGUUCUGGGAUACCACUGGCGGCCAAUGGGGAUCCGGUGGAUAUUAUGGCAAAUACGCCGGUGUCUUCGUCUCGACCGGUACCCCGGGUGGUGGACAAGAGAGCACGGUCAUUGCCGCUAUGUCUACCAUGGCACACCACGGAAUCAUCUACGUUCCCCUUGGAUAUGCCAAGACCUUCCCCCAACUCACCAAUGUUUCUGAAGUCCGUGGUGGUUCUCCAUGGGGCGCCGGAACCUUCGCUGGCGCUGACGGAUCCCGCUCGCCUUCCGCCCUCGAGCUCGAGCUCGCUACUAUCCAGGGCGAGACCUUCGGCAAGCACAUCCUGAAGGUCUCAUUCUGACUAGAUGGCUCCUCAGCCAGUGGAACGAAGUCGGAAACGGCGGCAGUAGCAAAGAAAGAACAAAAUACCCAACAAAAACCGAAAACAAAUACAAA